AUGACUGCCGACGAAGACGACGCAUCCGAAGAAGAGGAUGAAGCGUUUGACUUGCAGACUGGGCAUAGCAGCAAGGUGGCUGGGGCAAUUUAUGGGCGGUCGCUGUAUGAGGCGGUGUUUAGUGUGGAAUCCAAGCGGUUUAUGUUCCGAGUAGCGAGCAGCGAGUGGCACAGGUUUUUAGAGCUCCCGUCUGCGCAGGAGAAGAAGCUACGGCUGCUGCAACGGAGCCCGCUGGCUGUCAAGGCGCGCAGGGAGGCGUUGGAGGAGGAAUACCGGCGGUGGAAGAUGAUGCGGCUGGUGGACAUUGACAGCGAGCUCCAGCGGCUGCUAGGGCCCAGUGCUACAUUUCGCAGUGUACAGCGGCCAGCGAUGCAGGCGAUUAUGCGGUAUGAGAGUCCCGUUAUAGCGAUCAUGGGGACUGGGGCUGGCAAGAGCGUGCUAUUUAUGCUGCCAGCGUCAGUGUCGACUGGGGUUACUAUUGUGGUAGUGCCGCUAGUGGCACUGCGGUUUGACAUGAAGGCACGGUGUGACGAGCUGGGGAUUGUCAGUGGGGAGUGGGAUAGCCGGCGUCCGUACAGGAGUGUGCAGAUUAUGUUUGUGACGCCGGAAGCGGCGGUGGGAGAGGCGUUUGGGCAUUACAUUAACCGGGAGCGGUCGAUGGGACGGCUAGAUCGGAUUGUGAUUGACGAAUGUCACUCGGUACUGGACUCGCUCAAGGGAUUCCGCAGCCGGCUGCUAGGACUGCGAGAGCUGCUCCGGGUAGAGACGCAGAUGGUGUAUUUGACGGCGACGCUUCGGCCGAAGGAGGAGAAGCAGUUUUUAGAUGUGAUGGGGCUGCCAGAGAAGAGCAAGUGCUACUGGUUCCGGGGGCAGACGACACGCAAGAAUAUCCGGUAUGUAGUGCAUGAGUACAAUAUAGAGGAAGAGGAGAAGGCGGUAGUAGAAUUAGUGGAGAAGCUAAAGAGGAAAUACCCGCUGCCAGGGCAGGUGAUUGUAUACUGCGGGACAGUGGCACGGACAAGACAGAUGGGCAAGGUGCUGGGGGCGGCAUGUUACUACCGGGAAGUGGGCACGGUAGAGGAGAAGAAGAAGAUUGUACGGGAGUUGACGAGUGGGCAGCGGCAGGUGUUUACGGCAACGAAUGCGUUGGGACUAGGAGUAGACGCACCGAGAAUCCGGGCGGUAGUACAUGUAGGCGUGGUGCGGCAGAUGCGGCAGUACGCGCAGGAGAGUGGACGGGCUGGACGAGAUGGGGAGAAGAGCGAGGCGAUUAUCAUGCGGGGAUAUCGGAUGAGGGGGAGAAGGAAGGAGUUUGUGGGGGCAUUUGGAGAGGUAGAGGAGGAUAUGCAGUUAUUUGUGGAGGGCAAGGGGUGCAUGCGGGCGGUACUUGACUGGGCAAUGGAUGGAGUAGAGCGGGGGAUGUGUCAGGAGGACGAGGUAGCAUGUCAGCGGUGCNGGUGGGAGAGUAGUGAUGAAGAGGAAGAUGGAGAAGACGGAGAAGAGGAAGACGAGGAAGAGGGAGAAGAGAUGGGAUUGCGGCUGGCGUUUGAGCAGCAAGGACGGCAGCGGCAGUGG